AUGGAAGCACUCGCAAUCAUCCUGGUGUUAGCAGCUAUAACAGUUCCAGUUUUAAAAAGUGAAUACAUUCCACCUGGACCAAGAUUUACCUGUCCAAAAGAGACAGAAAAACAUUUGAUCUAUCCCUGUGUGUGUGAGAAAGGGACGGAUGAUGGAUUGUUUAUAAGGUGCUCAAAUGCUGGGUUGGCAGUAAUGAGUGUUGGUUUGGGAAAUUUAGCAGGUCUUGGCCUGCCAAUAGAACAAUUGGUGUUGCAAGAGUGCAAAAUAUCAAACCUGUUUGGGCCUCUCUUACACCGAUCAACAGUGCGAGUGUUACAUAUAAUAGAUACUCCAAUCAAGACCAUUGAUCAAUACGCAUUUGCUGGUGUAAAUAGAACACUACAGCAGUUGUAUAUUAAAAAUUCAAAUAUUGACGAAUUUCCUAAAGAAGCUUUUCAGAUUCUAGGCAAUUUGUCAAUAUUAUCAUUGGACGGACACAAGAUUAAAUCUCUUGGAAAGGAUAUAUUUGCUAACAGUUUGGCUGUUGGCAAAUUAGAAAAAUUGCAUUUAACCAACGGUUUAAUAUCUGAUAUAUCACCUGAUGCUUUACAGCAUUUGAAAAAGCUAAGAACUUUAGAUCUGCAUGGCAAUCGGUUAGUGACCUUGAAGAGAAGUCAAUUUAAAGGAUUGAGGGAGGCGGAGGUACUGGAUUUGAGUUAUAAUAAUUUAACGAAGUUAGACGGAAGCAAUAUCGGAGAUUUGACAAAACUCGGGUGGUGUAAUGCUAGUCAUAACCAGUUGCCUGAUUUACCUAGGGGCAUGUUUGCAAGGAAUACAGUAAUAAAAGUGGUGCAUUUGGACAAUAAUAAGAUUAAAAAGUUGGAUACCAAUAGCUUUCGUGGUAUGCGGUUUUUGAGACGACUCUAUCUACAAGACAAUCAAAUAUCGGACGUAGGUCGCGGCACAUUUUCUGCUGUCACUCGUAUAGGAACUGUUGAUCUGGCGAGAAACCUCAUCACCAAGGUUGACUUCCAGAUGUUCCAGCAGGUCAAAUAUGCUGAGAUAAUAAAUUUAGCAGAAAACAAAAUCAAAUUAAUAGAAAAACAGGCGUUCACCGACCUGUAUUUGGCUACUGUGAAUAUUUCGCACAACGAACUGACGAGCAUCGAACCUGGAGCGUUUCAAAAUUGCAACAACAUGACCCUGCUGGACCUUAGUUAUAAUAAUUUGACGGAAAUUCAUAAAAGUGCUUUUGAUGAAAAUACAUACGCAUCUGAAUUUCAAGUGUCGUAUAAUCAAUUCACAGAUUUUGGACAGAUCCCCAUUCACAAUAUGACCGGUAUAAAGAUAAUGAACGCGUCGCACAACGCAAUCGAAGUGAUACCGAGGAAUGCGUUCCCCAAAUUGUACGAACUGCACACAGUUGAUGUGUCACACAAUAAUUUGAAGGAAAUAUCCAAUGCUGUGUUUCAGAAUUUGUUCUCUUUGAGAUAUCUAUACCUCAGCCACAAUUCGAUGGUACAAAUAAAACCGGCGACCUUUGGUACGAUUCCUACAAUACUAGAGCUGGAUCUGUCGCACAACCAGUUGAGCGACGUGUCGAGGGGGAGUCUCGCCAAAUUGGCUAGUUGUCGACUGCUCGAUAUUAGUCAUAAUUACUUAGAGAAGAUCUUUCAAAUACCUAUUAGUUUGGGGGAAUUAAAUAUAGCUCACAACAAUUUGACUGAAAUUCGUAUUAACACGUGGCCAACAAUGAACGCGUUGCUAAGACUCAACUUGUCGCACAACAUGUUGGGGGACCAGUUGACGCACGAUGCCUUUUCGGGUUUAUUGACACUCCAGUCGCUGGAUUUGUCGGCCAACGGGUUGACUAGAACGCCAUGGGAGGCUCUGAACACAUUGACCAGCUUACAAUAUUUGUAUUUGCAGUACAACGAACUGACGUCCCUAACGAAAUCCGCCUUUGGUAAUCUGCCAACGACUUUUAAACUCGACUUGUCGUACAACAAGUUGACCGAUAUCGAACCACGAUCGUUUAAUGGAAUGCAACAGCUGCUAGAUUUGUCGCUCCAAGGAAACCUGUUAGAGAAGAUACCGAAUGAGGCUUUUAAAGGAUUGGUUGCGUUGAGAAAAUUGGAUCUAUCUCAUAACAAUUUGGAGAAAAUAGACAACAAAACACACGGUCUGUUGGAUGACUGUCUGUCGAUUGAAAUGAUUAAUUUAAGCCACAAUCGUAUAGGAUUUCUGUCAAAGAAGAUGUUCCCUGCCAGCCCCUGGAUCCCUUACAAACUUUUAGAGAUCGACCUGAGUCACAAUGAGAUACCAGUUAUAACUUUGGAUCUAACUAUUGGAGCGAAAAAAGUGAAGAAAUUGAAUUUAUCCGGAAAUUAUAUUAAUGAUAUACGUAGCAAUGUCCUCGGUAAUUUUACGUCUCUAGAAGUUCUCGAUAUCUCCAAUAACCAACUCAAAGAUUUAGUCUCGAGGACAGCUGACUCAAAAUUCCAAUUACCACAGAAUAUAACCCACCUCUAUCUUCAGAAUAACUCUCUGGCUGUUCUGCCCAUAGACAAUAUCGCUAAAGCACAAAAUCUUAGAGUGUUGGACGUACGUCAUAAUGUACUGACGAGUUUUUACCCGGAGUUGAUGAAAUUGGUCGAACACGGAUUGGAGGUUUAUUUUGAAGAUAAUAAAUUAAAAUGCGACUGCUUCACAAGGCCUCUGAAGCACUACUUAAAUAAAUUACCAAAAUCCAGUCUCGCUAAAGAAACAAAGUACAAUAAUAUAAUCUGUGCCGAGCCGCCAUCUUUGGAAAAUGUCAGUUUUAUGAACAUAGACGAAGAUAGGCUGUUAUGCGCUGGCAACAUUGAAUUGAUGGAUAAAAUGAAGGAGUAUGGCAAUGAAUAUAUGUUUACUACUGAACCGGAUUUGGCGUUUAGGGAUAUUCAAUAUUCCCAAUCUUCAAUUUACGUCCAUUGGUUCAUACUGUCAACAGAAGAUGUCGCCGAUUUCUAUUUAUUUAUUCGCGAUCAAAAUAAUACAUUGUACUACAGCAAAGAUGUCGCCUACAACCUCCGCUUUUUGACAAUAGCCAUAGAUGACAACUUCAAGACAGCGUUGCAAAAUGGCGGCAAACUUGACGUCUGUAUUCAAGCGAAAUCGUCAAGCGGUUUCGCGCGCAAAUGGUUCGACGGCCAGUGUCAGGGCGUUCCUUCGAAUUUUGAAUCCUGGCCGAAAAAAUUAAAUGUAGACAAAAGAAGGUUGAGCAGGAAAAAGGUUAAAUAUAGCUGGUUUUCGAAUAAUGUUCUUGGUUUAGUGAGUGAUUCGAUUUUGAUUACUCUGUGUAUAUUUUUAGGUGUAUGCUUUAGACGGUUAUCUGACCUUGACUUAUGA